AUGGAAGAUCGUGAUAGUAAAAAACCAUUUAUCAUACCCAAAACUCAUACAUCAACUAAAAACGUUGUUAUAUCCGAAAAACCUGAUAGUCGUAAUGUAACUGAAUUAUUCGAUGAUAUUAAAUCAUGUGCAUUAGAAGCACAAUUUGAUUUUCGACCAAAUGGAUGUAAAUCAUGUGAUACAAUACGUAAUCAAAAAUUACAAAAAUUAUACAAUGAAAAAAGAAUUAAAAUGAAAAAAGAUCAAGAUCCAAUUGAACGGUUAGCUUUUCAUUUAAUUACUUAUCGUGAUGUUGCAUUAAAUGUUGCAAAUAAUGGUAUUCAAUGUGAACAAUUAUCAUUUCCUAUUGAUAAACAUCUCGGUAAUCCAAAAGAUGGUGUUCAUUUAUCAAAACGUCCAGAUGUUCUGCUAACUUCAUCUGGUGCUCAGGGACUUUAUAGAUUUGGAUUACUUGUUUGUAAAAUCCUUUUAGGAAAAGGUUAUGCUACUAUACCAUCAGAAACGAAUAAUCAGUUAUCGGCACAGUUAUAUUAUGAUCAUCAUUUUUGUAAAAUUCAAUCAAUAAAUAAAGAACAACGUCAUAUUGAUGAUCUAUUAGCAAAUUCUUUGAUCUUCUGUUAUGAACAUGAAAAUUUCGAAACUGUUUCUCGUCCACCGCAAAUUUUACCAAUUGCUAUUCUUUGGUAUGAUCUUACUGAAAAGUUUUCACCAGAAUUAUUAUCCAUAAUUACAAUAAAAUCUACACCCAGUCAAGAAUCUCAACGUCGUACUAGUAAAACAACAAAUAAAGAACCAACAAUAAAAACUAAAACAUCUGAUCGAUCAACAAUACCCAUAUCUUCAACUCCAGCUAAACCUACAAUAUUAAAUUCUGGUACUUGGGAUGAACCUACUCAGGAUACAACUACAAAUGAUUCAACUGUUACAAAAUAUCCUAAUCAUUUUAUGGUUCCAUAUCAUCGAUUAUAUUCAAAUACACCUUUAACAGUAUCUACAAAUAUAGAAGAUCAACAAACAAACUGUGUUCAAUCAAUAUCCACUACUCGUGAUCCCCGUUUAUUACGAGCAAGACGUGAAAUAUCUUUAGAAACUAUUCCAUUAUCUCCUCAACAUUUAUUACUUGAACGAUCUCAAAGUGAAUGUUCACCAUCAAUAAAAUCAACAAAAUCGAAUUCUUCAGAUGAAUUUGUUUUAAUAACUAGAAGUACUUCAUCCAUUUAUAUACCAUUAAAUACUUCUGUCGUAUUAAUUGAUCCACGUUUAAAAACAGUUAAACAAACUCGAAAUAUAUUUUAUUUAGAAUUUCAAUCUGUUAAACAUGCUUUACAACAACAAAAACGUCUUAAUCAUUAUUAUGAUCCAAAAAGUGGUUUACCACCUAAAACAAGUUAUACACUUGUACCAUAUGUUAUCCAUGAAGUAUCAAAUGAUGAAUAUGAACGUUCAUUAAAUGAUAAUCAUACUGAUAAUAUGCAUAAAUUUACUAAACAUUCAAAUGGUAUUGAUUAUUCAUCCUUAGGUGUAUCAGUUGUUGAUUGUUUUAAUUUUGGUUUAAUAAAAUCUACAACAGAUAAUCAACUUUAUAUUGAUCUAGAACAAAAUGAAAAUAGAUUAGCUUAUGAACAAAUUGAAAUAUCAAAUGAUUUAAUACAACGUGAAAAACAAUUAAAUUCUCAACAAAUACGUUUACGUUUACGUGAAAAACGGCAGAGACGAAUACAACAACAUAUCAAUGAAAAAAAGAAUUCAAAAUCAUUAAGUGUUAGUCCAUCAUCAUCAUCAACAUCAGGAGUAAAUACAAAAUUAUAUGUUACAAAUGGUAGACAAUUAUUAAAAGAACAUAAAGUAUCAAUAACAUCAUCGAAUAAAACAAUGUCAUCGGAUUUAUUAGAUUUUUUUUCUCGGGAAUAUAAAAAUGAAAACCGUUCUCAUGUAAAACAUCUUCUAGCUGAACUUGUUGGAGUUUUUAUUGAAAAAUAUCAAAUAAAUUCUAAUGAAAUCAAUCAAGAGAAAAAUCCUAGUACAAUUGAAGAUAUCAAUUCUGUUAUUGAUAUGGAUAUUGAUUCUCCAUCUUCUCAAGGAUUAAAUGAUCAUGAUGAACGUUUUCGAGCAUUAACUCCACCUCCACCCUUACCGCCACCACUGUCACUACCACCAUUACCAACUACGAAUAUGUCAGUCUAUACUCAAUCACUUCUACCUCUUACUCUCAUUCCAACAUUACCCAAUGAACCAAAUAAAAUUUUUAAUGAUCCAAAUUACAAUGAUCGUUGUCAUAAAUUAUUAGAACAAUUAGAUCAAUAUCGACAAAAAGAAACUCAAGUAUCAAAUAUACUUAUAACAACUAAAUCUGAAGAAUUUAUUCCUACAGAAGAAGCCGUUCUUAAAGCAUGUUUAAGACAAUUAGAAUCUUCAUCUAGUGAAAAUAGUCCUAUUAAUGAUAAUCAUUUAUUAACUAUAAAUGAAGCUUUACUAGAUAAUGAAAAUAUUCUUAUACCUUUAGUUAAAAAUGAUUCCAAUCGAUCACGUGAUGAAUUUGUUAAAUUAUUAACAAAAGAAGCUUAUAUAUCAAAAUCAUCUAGUCCAACUAAAAAUCAAAAUAAACCGAAACAUUCCGAUGAUAAUCGUAAUCAACGAAGACGAUCGUAUGAUGAUGAUGAUAAUAAUAAUAAUAAUACGAAUAAAAAAAGUUCAGUAUCAAAACGUUCGAAUUCUUCUCAACGUUAUACCCGUCCAUCAGAUAAUUCUAGACAUGAUAAAUCAGGACAAAAAAAUGUAUCUUCAAAUCGAACAGUAACAUUAGUUUCCAAUCGAUCAAUAAUAUCAAGUGAAAAUCAAGAUGAAAAACAAACUAUAGAUGUAUCAAAAGAUAAUCAAACAAAUAUACAAGAAGAACCAAUAAUUAAACGUAUUAAAGUUGAUUCAAUUUCUUCACCAACAAAUACAACGAAUGAAAUUGAACAUAAUGAUAAAAUUAAUCAAAAUGAUUCAGGUAUUAAAUCUAAAACUACUGUUCCUACAAUUACUAAUGAUCGUGAUUAUCGAAAUGAUCUUAAUGGAAAACGUCGAACGAUUUCAAAUAGUAGUUCUAGUGUAUUAACAACAGAUAAUUCAAAAACAAAAUUAUCACCUUCUCGUUCACGUUCAAAAUCAAAAGAUCGUCAUCGACGACGAUCACCAAGUAAUUCACAUAGUUCAUCAAUUAAAAAUUCUACAUCAUCAACAGAAUCAAAUAAGAAAUCAUCAAAAUAUUCCCAAUCAUCAAGUUCAUCAUCAACUAAUAAUCGUCGUCGAUCACAGCAAGGAAAACAAUCAUUUAAUUCAUCUAAUCAUCAACAUCAUAAAAAUUAUUCGAAUCAAAUAUCUGAUCGACAUGAAAUGUUUACGGAGAUACCUUAUCGAAAUUCAUUAUCAUCAGUGUAUCAUCAACGUAAUAUAAAUGAGUUAAUUCCAUCGAAUAGUGUACAGCAUCUUCAACAACGACAACCUGUACGUCAUAAACGAUUUAAUUAUAAUCAUCAAUCAGUUGCUGAACAUCCACGUUUUGCAAAUGCGAACGUAUUACCCACACCACCACCAGCACUUAUGGAUUUUAAGUUUACAAAAUCACCACCAGUACGUCGUCACAAUGCUUCUCCCAUAACUGCUACAGAUAGAAAUGUUAAUUCAUCAUAUUAUAAAAAUAAAUAUAACGAUCAAAGUGAAUCAACAAAAACAAAUUAUUCGAAUGGUUUUGAUUCUAAACCAUCGAAAACAAUUGAAAAUUUACAAUUACUUCUUCAAAAUAAAACAAAUGAAUCAUAUCCUUCUCUAUCCACAAAUAAUGAUACUGCUUAUUGGUCUUCAACAGCAUCAUCACCCUCAUCAUCAUCAUCACAUUCAUCAAAAACAAAAUCUGAUACAAUAACGCAAAAUAAUCCUAAAACUUUUACUCAUAAUGAUAGUGAAAAAGUAUUAAGUAUGAUACAACGAUCGAGAAAUUAA